UCUUUAAACAACCAGUGUCAAUCACCCACAAUUAUAAAAAAAACUACACAAAAUUUCAACUUACAGUGAGUUUACUUCAAUGGCGACUCAGUAUAAUCUUUCGUUAAUCAUCAAGAAUCCAUCAAAUGAAGCUGAAUUUCUGCUUGUUAAACAAAACCCACCUCCUAAAUUCAACGAUCCUGAAUAUGAUUCUUUUUCCGAUUCCCCUUUAUGGGAUUUGCCUUCUUCACCAUUGUUACCUCUUGAUUCUCCUUCAGAUAAUCAAUUUUCCAUACAAGUCCCUGAAUCUUGCUCAGAUGAGGUUGAUUUAAGUAAAUUUGAUCUUAAUUCAGCGAUUCAUAAGGUUCUAGAGCAAGUGGAAUUAGAGGAUAUCCCAGUCGAGUGGAAAUUCAUGAAGUAUGUACAGGAGCCUGAAUUUGGACCAGGAUUGCCAGUAAAGACGGUCUACAUCAUUGGAACUUUGGGUCCUAAAAAUGGAAAAUUAAAGGAUGUUGAGCUCUGCAAGUGGAUGACCACUGAGGGAUGCAUUAGUAUGCUUGCUGAAGUGAAGCCUUGCAGUGACCGUGUAGGAUCAAUGGUGGUUGUUGGUCUUCUGAAUGAUUCAACAAAAUCUGGGACAUGGAAAAUUCCUCCCACCUUGAAAUGUCAGGAGUACCCUCUUGGUGUUAAAAUUAUACCAAUGGAAAGUAGAACAGCUAAGCCUUUUCGUACCACAAACUUAAUUGUUUUCCUGCCUGAAGGUAAUGCUAGUGAGCGUGAUGAUGGUUUUAUCGCUCAUGGGGAAGCACUCAUAGUAGAUCCAGGAUGCAAGUCUGCUUCAUAUGAACAGCUCAAGGAAAUCAUUGCUGCUUUGCCGAGAAAACUAGUCGUCUUUGUGACACAUCAUCAUAAUGAUCAUGUUGAUGGUCUUUCAGUAGUCCAGAAGUACAGUCCUGAUGCUCGUCUUUUGGCUCAUGAAAAUACGAUUCGUCGAAUUAGAAAAGAUGAUUGGUCUCUCCCAUAUGUUUCAGUUUCUGGAUCUGAGGAAAUUUGCAUUGGCAAUCAGAAAUUAAGAAUUAUCUUAGCACCGGGACAUACAGAUGGACAUAUGGCACUGCUUCAUGUUAGUACAAACUCGUUGAUCGUAGGGGAUCAUUGUGUGGGCCAAGGAAGUGCUCUCUUAGAUAGCGCGUCUGGUGGAAAUAUGCAGGAUUACUUUCAGACAACAUACAAAUUCAUUGAGCUCUCUCCUCAUGCUUUGAUUCCAAUGCAUGGAAGAACUAAUAUGUGGCCAAAACACAUGCUCUGUGGGUAUCUCAAAAACCGGAGACAUAGAGAAUCAACCAUCUUAAUGGCCAUAGAGAAUGGUGCCAAAACAUUGUAUGACAUAGUUGCUUACACUUAUGCCGAUGUUGACCGAAGCCUUUGGUUUUAUGCCUCAUUAAAUGUGAGACUCCACGUGGAUCAUCUAGCAGUCCAGAAUAAAUUACCAAGUGAUUUUUCAAUCCAAAAUUUUCAGGCAAGUUGUGGGCUGCGUUUCCUUUUUAGGUGGGUAUUAGAAUACUCAAGUAGUGCAUUCUCAAUAAAGCAUCACACGGUCAGAGCGGCUUUACUAGUCGGUACUGGAGCUGUGGCCAUUGGUUGCUUGGCUGUAUCAUUCUCCAGAAAAAAACAAACUUCUCUCUAGAUGAUGCAAACAACAAUUCUUGCUCUGAAAGGCAGAAUUUGUCAAGGAAGUUAAUUACCGGCUGGUUCCAGGUCAUCUUCUCUCUCACUGUACCAGAAGCUCUAGGAGAAGCGUGAAGAUGUUUACAUUGCUGUUUUUAGUAGCAAAAUAUUCAUUGAUAGUGUUGUGCGCAUAACUCGCCAUAAUUGUUCUGCAUUUCUGAUAUUUCUUUGUGAUUAAAGAAAGCGAUUGGAUCAAUUAGAAGUGUAAGACAAGAUUAGUGUUAAUUGAUCACACAACUUUUG